UAUUCGCUUCAGCCGAGUUGUUUACUCUCUUGGCGACACGCUGCCGAGCAUGCGAAUGGUGGUUGUUAUGGCGAGGAAAUGUUUUCUGAAAUGCUCCCGCAAUCUGCAUGCCCCUAUCCUCCUGGAGGACGGGAGGAACCACAUCGUAGGGAGGUCCAAGGAAACGAAAAUACGAGACAAGCGAUGCUCCAAGAGUCAGGUUGAACUGCUUGCAGACUAUAGUUCUUACACAGUCACUGUUAGACAGCUUGGAGCCAACACAACAGGCGUGAAUGGGAAGCCACUUGAAUUUGGCAAUACUUCAGUUCUCAAACAUAAAGACAUUUUAGAGAUCCUUUUAGGUGAGCACCUGCACAGAAUAGAAUUUGAUCCCCCUCCAGACAGUACUGCACAAAAGGACCAAGCACUUGAAGACAUGCCACGCAGAGCAGCUGCAGCCAACAAACGCAGGGCUACAGACGAGGACGAGAAGUCAACCAUGUCGAAGAGAACAAAACCCAACAAGUCAGAGGAGAGUGAAGGCUGGGGGGAGCAUUUCAAUGGAGAUUUACUGGUUUAUAAAAAGGAUAUGGAGGGCAGAGAAAAGAUAGCUGGAUAUGAUAUGGAUAGCACUCUGAUUACAACCAAGUCAGGAAAAGUAUUUGCUCAAAAUUAUGAUGACUGGAUGAUUUUGUACUCAGAAAUUCCUGGGAAGCUAAAACAGCUGUAUAAGGAUGGAUACAAGAUUGUCAUCUUCACCAAUCAGGCUGGCAUUAGCAGAGGGAAGCAGACUGUUUCGGGAAUACAGAAUAAGAUUUGCAACAUCAUUCAAAGGUUGGGCGUCCCCAUUCAAGUCUUCGUGUCCACGGGCAAAGGCAAAUGGAGGAAGCCAUGCACUGGCAUGUGGGAGUUUCUGCAGGAGGAGGCUAAUGGAGGUGUGGCUGUCGACAUGAGCAAAAGUAUGUACAUAGGUGAUGCAGCAGGCAGGCCAGCUGAAGGCAAGAAGAAGAAAGACUUUUCCUCAAAUGACCGUCUCUUUGCCCUCAAUCUCGGAAUAAGCUUCUACACUCCUGAGGAGCAUUUUCUGGGUGUCAAAACUCAGAAGUUCAAUAUGCCUGAAUUUGACCCACGAACAGUUGACGACUCAUUGAAAUUGUUUGAUCCACCAACCACCAAAGUUCCAAAAUUCAAGACUGAGGUAGUGGUUCUAGUUGGGUUUCCUGGAGCAGGGAAAAGCUUCCUUGCAGAGAACCAUCUUGCUCCCUUAGGCUAUGUUGUAGCUAACCGUGACACUGUGGGUUCCUGGCAAAAGUGCGUUUCUAUUCUGGAGAAAUCUGUGCAGGAAGGAAAGCAUGUUCUCAUUGAUAACACUAACCCUGAUGUUGAGUCUCGGAAGCGCUAUGUUACUGCUGCAAAGAAGAUGAACAUUCCAAUUCGCUGCUUCAUCCUCAAUGUGUCAAAAGAUCAUGCUCGGCAUAACAAUAAGUUCAGAGAAUUUUCGGGUGCCGACCACUCCAAAGUGAACGACAUGAUUUUUCAUUCAUACGGCUCCAAAUAUGAGGAACCAUCACUUGCUGAAGGUUUUGAAGACAUCGUGCGGGUAAAUUUUGUUCCCAAGUUUAGGUCAAAAGAGGACGAGGAGUUCUACAAGAUGUUUUUAUUGGAAAAAUAACUACAAUUAUCCUGUCAUUGGAGAGAGCCAUUUGAUUGCUCUUGAAGGAAUUUGUGUAUCAACACAUGGUCAGGCAUCUGCACUUGAUUCAAACUGGUGUAAACAAACAUGUGGGUCACAAAACUGUAAAAAUUUGUAAUCACUGUUACAGUGUGUGUGUGUGAUAGGAAGACUGUAAACUAUUCAUUAAGUGAACACAUUGUGCUAUUCCAUUAUAAUGCACACUGUGGAAUUUUAAAUCUAACAAAGACCAAGUCACCUUAAAUAAAUAACAUAUUAAAAUAUGUGUACUUUAUGCCUCUUGAGCAAUACACCCCCUUAUGAUACCACUUGGUGAUACACUUAGUUUAUAUACGACUGAAAAAUGAAGGUGAUGGGGGAAGAAAAAAAAAAAGCUUAAAAGCUAUAAAUGCAUUUCAGUGGAAGCCUGAUGAUUGGAGCAUGAGAUCAAAAGACAGGUUAAACAGGUAGUGACAAUUACCUGAUUAAUACCAACAAAUCACUUUGCAGUCUCCAUUUUAUACAUAUAAGGAAUGUCAGCUUCUUCCACCAUCAAAAAAAGGUGGUCACAAAAAUGGACGUAUUAAAGGGGGUAAAAAUAUGAAACCAUCUUGUAAUUAUUCUGGCAAUUUGAACUUUCUUCAUCUGAGAAUCAACAACUUGUUCAUACUCCCUAUGUCACAAGAAGGUGAAAGGAAUGAUUACCAUUUUGGAGGAAAACUGGCAAAGCCACUCUAUUUUUGCAUUAGAACUUUUUACGCAACAAAUCUGGCCUGUGAUGAUUCUGAUGAAAAAAAAAAAACAAGUUACUUGAUAUAGGAAAUAUCAACAUUCCACACAAAAAAUAAACAGACUUUUAUGAAUCAUCAAAAACUUGUUUUACUUCUUGCACUGCUACAUAUUAAUAUAUAAAUGCAACAGCUUAAGAUCUCUGAUUUAUUCUUUUUUCCUUAUACACUGUAUUGUCUACAAUAAGUUUAACAUGACUUAUUAUAUUUUAAAUAUGUUUAAAUGCAUAAAUUAAAUAACUUAUUUAAUAUAAGCAGUUAUGAUCCAUUCAACAAUGUGACAAUUAAAUCCUUUUGAUAAUACAAGGGGGUGUAAAUGUCUGGUGGGAAUACCAUUCUCCCAUGAUUUACUUAUAAUUCACAGGUAGGCCAUUUGUACUUAAGUGACAGAGAGGAAAACAAAACAAAAAAAUAAUAAUCAUUUAAGGCUAAAAUCACUAGAAUUAUGAUAAAAUAGAGAGGAUGUCAUGUAAAUCAAAAAAGUGCAAAGUUGGCCAAAAGCAAAAACAAAAACAUCAAAGGUUUAUUAGAAGACACUAAAAACAUGACCAACAUCAAAAUACACGUGGUAAGUGGACAAACGGCAACCUUAAUAUGAAAUUUAAGAUUUUGAAAGGUGCGAGAAGAAAAAUGAAAAGAGAUGAACCAAAAUCAAGAGUGCACAUAAUAUUUAACUGCAUGAAGAGAUGAACACAGGGAGCUGUCUUUACAUAGGAAGCAUCAACUGGUUCUAAUCACCUGGUGACUAGACAUCAUACCAAACCCCACGAGCAUUCACCUGCUACAUUUUCUUAAUUUGAUUUUUUUAUAGUUUUCCUUUUAAAUUUAAAAUUAUUGUAAUUUUUCUGUAUUAAAAAUAAUUACUAAUAACA